UGCCUUCAUAGCAGAGGGUGAGUGAGGCAAACAGAACCCAAACUGGGGGGUUUCUCUUCAAAGCCAGCUGGUCUGGCUUUAUUCUACAGGAAUUUUUUUACCUGUCAGUUUAAUCAACAAAGCCCUCAGCAGGUGCUGACGGGGUACAUCUUCCUGGAGAAGAAGAAGGGCGGCACUGGUGAGUUGCUGUUGUAAACUGUGAAGUAACUACUAUGGAACAGAUUAAGUAAAGCACCGAAGGCUGAUGAUUUUCAGAAUAAAGAGGGUUAUGUGGAACGGAUGCAGGGGCCUGUGAAUUGAAUCGUGUAAGUGCUGAAGAAGGAGUCUUGGUUUGAGGAAACAGGAAAGAGGAAGGAAAGAGAAGAAAAUAUAUAAGUGUAGGAACGAAAGAGAGAAGAAAAACGGGGACUAUGGGGAGAAAAAAGAUUCAGAUCACGAGGAUUAUGGAUGAACGUAACAGGCAGGUGACAUUUACAAAGAGGAAAUUUGGGUUAAUGAAGAAGGCUUACGAGUUGAGUGUUCUGUGUGACUGUGAGAUUGCUCUAAUCAUCUUCAAUAGCACCAACAAACUAUUUCAGUAUGCCAGCACUGAUAUGGACAAGGUGUUGCUGAAGUAUACAGAGUAUAAUGAGCCACAUGAGAGCCGAACGAAUUCAGAUAUUGUAGAGACGUUGAGAAAGAAAGGACUUAAUGGCUGUGACAGUCCAGACCCCGAUGCAGAUGAUUCAGUAGGUCACAGCCCUGAGUCUGAGGACAAGUACAGGAAAAUUAAUGAAGAUAUUGAUCUAAUGAUCAGCAGGCAAAGAUUAUGUGCUGUUCCACCACCCAACUUUGAGAUGCCAGUUUCCAUCCCAGUGUCCAACCACAACAGCUUGGUAUACAGCAACCCAGUAAGCUCCCUGGGGAACCCCAACCUUUUGCCGCUGGCUCACCCUUCCCUACAGCGCAAUAGCAUGUCUCCUGGUGUGACACACCGGCCACCAAGUGCAGGUAACACAGGUGGCCUGAUGGGUGGGGACCUCACAACCGGUGCAGGCACCAGUGCAGGAAACGGGUAUGGCAACCCCCGAAACUCACCAGGUCUGCUGGUCUCACCUGGGAACUUGAACAAGAAUAUGCAAGCAAAGUCUCCUCCUCCCAUGAACUUGGGAAUGAACAACCGUAAGCCGGAUCUCCGAGUGCUGAUUCCACCCGGCAGCAAGAACACGAUGCCAUCUGUGUCUGAGGAUGUUGAUCUGCUUUUGAAUCAGAGGAUAAAUAACUCCCAGUCUGCUCAGUCAUUGGCUACCCCAGUGGUUUCCGUGGCAACUCCUACUUUGCCAGGGCAAGGGAUGGGAGGGUACCCAUCAGCCAUUUCUACAACAUAUGGUACCGAAUACUCGCUGAGUAGUGCUGAUUUGUCAUCACUCUCCGGGUUUAACACAGCCAGUGCUCUCCACCUGGGUUCUGUCACUGGCUGGCAGCAGCAACAUCUACACAAUAUGCCACCAUCUGCCCUCAGUCAGUUGGGAGCUUGCACUAGCACUCAUUUAUCUCAGAAUACAAAUCUCUCCCUGCCUUCUACUCAAAGCCUCAACAUCAAGUCAGAACCUGUUUCUCCUCCUAGAGACCGUACCACCACACCCUCGAGAUAUCCACAACACACGCGCCACGAGGCGGGAAGAUCUCCUGUUGACAGCUUGAGCAGCUGUAGUAGUUCGUACGAUGGAAGCGACAGAGAGGAUCACCGGAAUGAAUUCCACUCUCCCAUUGGACUCACCAGACCUUCGCCGGACGAAAGGGAAAGUCCUUCUGUGAAGCGCAUGCGGCUCUCUGAAGGAUGGGCAACAUGAUAACAUUAUUAGCUACUAGGGUUUUUUUUCCUUGCAGUGUGUGUGUGUGUGUGUGUGUGUGUGCUAUACCUUAAUGGGGAAGA